CCAAGAGCAAGGUCGACGCGGAGCUGCAAGAUCUGGAGAAGACACUGAAGAACAUCGAGACUGCCCGACCCUUCGAGGAUCUCACAGUGGUAUGUAUUUCGCAAAGGCAUUCUCUGCCAAAUAUCGGCAAUCACGUGAUCUGCCUCGGCUCACACAUAACGUCACAGGACGAAGUCGUUGCCGCCCGACCAGAAAUUGACAAGCGCGUCGAGCAACUCGUUUCCAAGGGCCGAUGGGCCGUUCCAGGCUACAAGGAGAAAUUUGGUGACAUGUCCAUCAUGUAAGCACGCGUGUGGAGACUUCGCCCGAGCAUCGACUGUAAAUAUACACCGAGUAUCCUGUGACAAAAAUAAAGUGCACUUCUCCUUUGUCACCAUGCUUUCCGUGUUGUGCACUGCUGGUGUAAUGCUUUCAGUCUGGAUCUACUCUAUCUCGCAACACCAUCCUUCCAUCAUGAAUGACCUGUCAACCGUAUGUCGUGUACUCUGCAGAUUGGCAAACAGCAUCUGGCGACGCCAUUCCCCCUUGAUGCGCCCUCGCAUGAGCAUUUGUCAUCACCGCUGCUGCGACUACUGUCAAAGCCUACAAAGCCAGACCAACAAUGGUGAAUUGUUCUCCAAUGUCCUCUUGUGUGAGCGUUUCUUGGCCUCAGCGCUGCAAAAUGCUUUCAAAGUCUACACAAAGUCAGAUCAACAAGGGGGAAUUCUACGAGCCAUUCGAUUGUUCGAAGGCUGUACUCAAACCUCGCUCAGCCAGUAUCGAUGACACAAGGUGUUAACGGGAAUGCACAAGCCGAGAAGUUCAACUUACGCGAAUGUAUUGGGCAGACCGAGAAUUCCGACUUGAAUGAAUGCGAUGGAACAAUACAUUGUGGAAGAAGUCAGAUUAUCACUGGCUGGCGCUUACCGAGGACAUUGUCUGACUUGUGACGUUGUUCCGACAUUGGAAGCAAAUGUGAUCGUGAUAGGAGCUUGUCAACGACGACAUCACCGCCUCGUCCACCCCGCGGCUCAUGAAAUGGACGAUAAGGCGAUGGUUUAUGAAGAGCAAGUUGUGAAAUCCCAUCACAGAUAAUGUUGUGCACUGCUUGGUAUGUAACGACAUGGAUGGACGUGAUGGAAUAGUUCUCCGUCUGGGCCGAGCCACACUCACAUAAAUCACAGAGCCUGAC